CAGUGGCGCACAGUGGCGCACAGUGGCGCGCGGUGUGCCGAGUGAGCAAUUGGUGUUCGACGUAGACCGUCGGCUCGGUUUUCCGCGUGGUCCUGUAUAUUCGGUUCGAAAUUUUGAACAGUUUUUUCGAGAAAGAAUGGGCCUGCUUUCCGAGGGAAGUCCUCUCGACUGGGAAGAGACGAAACGCCUAACCGACCACGUCCGCCGCCAUGGAGUUAUCCAAUUUAUUAACCUCUACAAGCGACUACGCGAUAGACAGGGCGACGUGCUCAAAUGGGGAGACGAGGUGGAGUACAUGUUGGUCAAAUUUGAUGACGAAGCGAAAACCGCAAAACUUAGUUUGCAUGCCAUGGAAAGAUUAGCGACCUUGAACGAGAAGGAGCACAGGGACCCAUUAAGUGUUAAGUCAUUAUGGAGACCCGAGUACGGCGCCUAUAUGUUGGAGGGAACUCCGGGAAAGCCUUACGGCGGCCUCCUGGCGCAUUUCAACGUGGUAGAGGCGAAUAUGCGAUACAGGAGACAAGAGGCAUCGAUGGUACUCCCUCCGGGCGAAGUUCUUAUGUCGUUGACCAGCUUUCCGAGGUUAGGAUCGUCCAAUUUUACCGAUCCUGCAGCUAAUCCUACACCGAACUCUGGUGCAUCGAGGAGCCUCUUUUUCCCGGACGAGGCCAUUUAUCCUGGCCAUCCACGGUUCAAAACCCUGACAAGGAACAUCAGACAGCGGCGUGGGGAAAAGGUGGCGAUUAACAUUCCAAUUUUCAAGGACUUGAACGUUCCUCGACCCUUCAGGGAGAGUCUGGCCGAGCUGGGCGACGACGGUUCCAGUCAAAAGGCUGCAAAGGAAGAUCACGUUUACAUGGACGCCAUGGGUUUCGGGAUGGGAUGUUGCUGCCUCCAACUGACGUUCCAAGCCUGCAACAUUCAGGAAGCCCGGACCCUGUACGACCAGCUCACACCGAUGUGCCCGAUAAUGUUGGCCCUAACAGCCGCCAGUCCUUUCCAUAGGGGUUACGUGACCGACGUCGACUGUCGGUGGAACGUAAUCUCCUGCUCCGUCGACUGCAGGACCGCCGAAGAGCGGGGCUUGAAGCCCCUCCGCGAGAACAAGUUUCGCAUCGGCAAGUCCAGGUACGACUCCAUCGACUCCUACCUGAGCACCCAGGGGGAACGUUACAACGACGUGCCGUUGACCUACGACGAAGAGAUAUACAAACAGCUGUUGGACAACGGUAUCGACAGGCUGCUGGCACAGCACGUGGCGCACCUCUUCAUCAGGGACACGGUGUCUCUCUUUUUGGAGAAGGUGAACCAGAACGACCUGGAGGACAUCGACCACUUCGAGAAUAUCCAGUCGACGAAUUGGCAGACGAUGCGAUUCAAGCCUCCACCGCCGAAUUCCGCGAUCGGCUGGCGAGUCGAGUUCCGGCCCUGCGAGGUACAGAUCACGGACUUCGAGAACGCCGCGAUCGUUUGCUUCGUCGUCCUCCUGACCAGAGUCAUCCUCAGCUACAAGUUGAAUCUCCUGAUACCGAUCAGCAAGGUCGACGAGAACAUGGCGAGGGCGCAAAAGAAGGACGCGGUCAAGGCCGAGAGAUUCUGGUUCCGGCGAGACAUAACUUCUGCCGCAAAACCAGAAGAGGACGGCGAGUCCGAGUACGCGGAGUUCACGAUCGACGAGAUCAUUAACGGGAAGGAUUCCCUGUUUCCGGGGUUGAUACCGCUGAUCAAUUCCUACCUGACCGGCAUGGACGUGGACGCGGACACGCAUUGCACCGUCCAGCGUUACAUGAAGCUGAUACAGAGGCGGGCCUCUGGGGAACUCUUGACGACCGCUGCGUGGCUAAGGAAAGAGGUCACCACGCAUCCAGAUUACAAGAAAGACGCGGUUAUAACCGAGCGCAUCAACUAUGACUUGUUGAAGACCGUCUGUAGGAUCCAGACGAACGAGCUCCUGUGCCCGGAACUACUCGGGCUGUGCACCUCGUCGAGGACCACCGAGACGAUCCCGGCGGCGGUCGCGAAGGCGGAAAAAUGCCCGCCGACCGAUUGCUGAGAUAUCGCGCGCGACUCGGCCAUUCCACCUUUUACUUUCUCCUGGAUUCGUUUUCUUUCAAGUAUUACCGCAAGUGUUGGGUCCCGCCAGAGGCGCCGGUGUCCGGAGGAUACGAUUUUCUUGUACAUACGCGCGCUACGUUUCCACGUAAUUCGAAUUGGUCUCCCCGUAAGCGAUUGUCGGUACUUGUACCUACGCUGCCCUCCGAGUAGGGAGGCUGAGCCUCGGUGCACGGAGCAUACUUAUAUACGGGGUAAUUCGUUGAUUGGAAAAAUCGCGGAAGAUUUAGGGCAAGGGCUGGAUCAUGGGGCGCGACUAAGAACCGCGAUCGCCACGAAGGACCGUGGAAACGAUCGGAAAUUGCGAAUCUAGGGUUUGGUCUAGUUUUCCUCUAUCACCGUGGACGCGUCUCGUGGUACUUUCGAUGCUAAUCGUUGCCGAGGAUAUCCUUUGACGGCAAUCUGGUAAGCCAGGAGGCUGUGCCACCGAGAACGGAUGCAUUUCUCCUAAUUGCGACGUUUUCCGCCGCAGAGCCGUGGGACUUAGGGAAGUUUAUAACGUAUUAUGUUUCUUCAAGCUUUUGUAUUUUUUUUAAAGGCUAGCGUAAGGGCCGACGCGACGCUCUCGCGGCGCGUUAGCCGUCAUUUUGGUGCUUCGUUUUCUCGAUAGGCUUCGCUCGCUCGCUCGUUUAUACCACGUACAAAACAAGAUGUAUAAUCAACCCUCGUCGGCCGACGCGUGACUUGUUAUUUUCACUUUUAUUAAAACUGUACAGCAUCUGUGAGGAA